UGGGCGCAGAAGAACCUGGCUUCCAAGAGCUUGUCCACGUGGCCGGAUUCGGAGGAGGGCUUGCAGAAGAUCAAGGAGCUGUGGCUCUCUACCGCCAAGAAGGACGAGCGCGAGGCGCUGGAGGCGGCGUGGUCGGAGGUGGCGAGGAAUGCCUCCCGGCCGGGGGGCUACUCUUCCAACUGCAGCGACUACGUGGCUUCCACAGGUGUACCAGUGCCGUCCCUGCUGGUCAAUGGCAAG